AUGAUUUCUCUACAGUCCAUCAGAACUCAGCCUGGAAAAGCUGAGAGAGUCCAGGCUUCAGAUCCCCACCCAGCAAGUUUGUCCUUCCCUUUCCAUACACUUCUCUGUCUGUUCCUGAUGGGCCUACCUCUCUUUUGCACAGGCCCCCUGGUAUGCAGCACCGGGACAGUCUCUACUCCUCAACCUGUAGUCAGAGUUCCCGAGAAUAACCCUACCACAUUGUACUGUUCCUACUCGGGCUUUUCCUCUCCCCGUGUGGAGUGGAAGUUUGUUCAUGGCGACACCACCAGCCUUGUCUGCUAUAACAGCAAGAUCACAGCUUCUUAUGCAGAUCGAGUUGAAUUUUUAUACAGUGGCAUUCGGUGGAAGUAUGUGACCAGAAAAGACAAUGGGACGUAUACAUGUAUGGUCUCUGAGGACGGUGGCAACAACUACGGGGAGGCCACCGUCGAGCUCGUUGUGCUUGUGCCUCCAUCCAAGCCUACAGUCAAUAUCCCCUCCUCUGUCACCAUUGGGAACCGAGCGGUGUUGACUUGCUCCGAGAAAGAUGGUUCUCCACCCUCUCACUACACUUGGUUCAAGGAUGGGGUACAGGUGCCUACAGACCCCAAGAGCAGUCGGGCCUUCAUCAACUCUUCCUAUACUCUGAAUCAAAAUACAGGAGAACUGAUCUUUGAUCCUGUGUCAGCCUUUGAUACUGGAGAAUACUCCUGUCAGGCAGAUAAUGGGGUGGGCUCAGCCAUGAAGUCUGAUACUAUGCACAUGGAAGCUGCGGAGCUGAAUGUGGGAGGCAUCGUGGCAGCUGUCCUGGUAACACUCAUUCUUCUUGGGCUCCUGAUUUUUGGCAUCUGGUUUGCCUAUAGCCGAGGCUAUUUUGAGAGAACAAAGAAAGGGACUUCCGGUAAGAAGGUGAUUUACAGCCAGCCCUCUGCUCGAAGUGAAGGGGAGUUCCGACAGACCUCAUCAUUCCUGGUGUGA